GUGCUUGCGGGUGACCCAAAGCCGCUCGACAGGAAUGGCGGCGUCGGCUUACUCUUGACGUCCAGGUCGAAGCUAAACGAGCGGCAAUUUGGCUGCCUCAAAGGUCUUGACGCGGUCCCUGAUGGACACCGGCGGCUUUUCCGCUGCCGCUGCGGGAUUCGGGGCCUCGCACACAACACACUUGCUGGCAGACUUUGGGCUUGUGCAGCUACAUGUCGGGCACUUCCACUCGUCGGCUUUGAGCACUGGCUGCCCCCAGAAGCUCUUGGAUGAAGAAGCCGGCACGGGUGCGGCUAGGGGCUGGACGGGCUUGGAUCCGGGCCUAGGCGCUUCACAGACAGUGCACUUGUCAGCCGAGUCUGGACUCAGGAGAUCGCACACACUGCACUUCCACUGGCCGGUCUUCACUACUGCAGUCUGCUUCCAGAUGUCGUUCGUCGGAGCAACCGGAGCAGGCGCUGGCUUUGGUGCCUCGCACACAAUGCACUUGUUUGACGAUGUAGGACUUUUGCAGUCGCAGAUGGGGCAUUUCCACUCGUCAGUCCCGAGCGAGGGCUGUCCCCAACCGGCCGAUGGCUGGACAGUGGUGCUAGCAGCUGGCACAGUUGGAGCUAAUCUGGGUUUUGGUGCUUCGCAGACGAUGCAUUUGUCAGCAGAGUCCGGGGCUCUUGAGACUGCACAGCGAGCAAACCCACUCACCACUCUUCACCGCAGGCUGCUUCCACACAUCAUUUGUCAGGGGCAGUCGGAGCGGGAGUAGGAGUAGGAGCAACUGGUGCUGAUCCAGGCUUCGGAGCCUCGCAGACGAUGCAUUUGUCAGCAGAGUCCGGGCUCUUGAGACUGCACAGCGAGCAAACCCACUCACCACUCUUCACCACAGGCUGCUUCCACACAUCGUUUAUCGGGGCAGUCCGGAGCGGGAGCAGGAGUAGGAGCAAC